AUGACCACACUAGCCGCCGUCCACCAUACCGAUAACAAGACGUCUAUCAGAUAUCCACGUGACCGCAUAUUCGAAAAUUCAAUGAAUUCGGUUGCCGCUGGUGACGCUGGAUUUGAUUGGUUCCUAAAUAAACAAAUGGUCAUUGUCUAUGAUUUUUAAUAAUAUUUUAUUUGCGUCCUUUUUUUGGUUAAAUAUUAUUUUACAAUUUUCAAAAAUAUAUACAGAUAAUUAUUAAAACAAAUAACAGUAAUAAUAACAUUCCCAAUAAAGUUUUGAUUUUGGGGAUCUAUUGAAAUAUUUGAGGGGGCUAAGUACACAGUUUUUAGAUUCUGAGUAGAGUGAGGGAUGUAUUGGUUUUUAUGUUUGUUAUUAUAAACAAGUAAUUUAUAAAAAUAUUAACGAAUUAUAUAAAUAUUAAUAUUUUAAACUUCAAAAUACCAGUAUGAUAUUAACAUAUUAUGUAAAAAAAUAACAAAUAUUAAAAAUAGUAUGUACAAUUCUACUAAGCAACAUAGGUUUGUGAGGUAGGGAUUUUAUUUAAAAAAAUUAAUUUAUGACCUAUAUUUUAUAAUUUAAGCUCAACAGAAAUAUUUUAUAUGAUCCGAGUAAAACUUUGUUUGUACGAUUUUAGAACAAAAAAACCCUAACAUUUUAAUAAGGCUGUAUUAUCUUAACAAUUUUAAAAUCUGACUAGGCUGUCAAUGAAAUUAUUAUAUACAAGUAUAACCUUAAAAUUGUAUAGUCGUUUAUUAGUAUAAUAUGAUCUAAGGUUGUAUGCGUGGUCGUCAUAGACCUAUAAACAAAUAUUAUCAGGUCUACGUUGGUCGUUUCUCUUCCCUCUAAUCUCUCCUAACAGGGCAGCACUUGUGUACAAUUUAUUUCGCCUCUUGGUGAAAUACACUGUCGAGUCAGCUUCGUGUAAUCUUGACAAUCUUGUUACUUUGCUGUGUGGUUUCACCACUCCAUUAUCUGUAUACCCGCCUGUAUAUCUACCACCCGCCGAGUGAUCCGGUGACACCUGCGAUCUAUAGCAACACCUGUCCGUUUUUCUCCCACUUACCAAUAAUAGUGCGAAUACAAUAGAUCACAAGAAAUAUUAUGGAUCAUAAUAUAAUAUCAAAACUGUUUAUUGUCCCUUGAAUAACCAACUUAUUCUUAUGUCCAAUGUUCUUAACCAGUUUUUUUUUAUUGUCAGUGAUAACAUACCUACCUAUUAUUAUGUUUAUCACGUUCCCAAUUCUGAAUUUACACUUUGCAAGUUGAACAAUUCGUGUUUUGUCCAUUUUUUUUAAAAAAAAUUCGUAUCCGUUCUUCUAAUGUGUUGUAUGUACCUAAUUAUCUAAAGCCCCGUACAACGAGACGACCUUGUACAAUCUGCAGUCCGUUCAGCUCACAACGAUACCGAUUUACUGUGUUGAAUGCUAACGCGGUUAAAUAGAGGUAUAGCUAAUAAUAUAUUGUUUUGUAUCCCUAUAUAAAGUAAAUAGUAGUUUGACAUACAAUACGCUAUACCACAGUAAGUAGACAUAACCACAAAGUAGUAUUCAUACCUACUUAUCUGAAAUCUGAAAAAUAGACGAGCACAUUAUUCGAAUUUGUAUGUUAUUUUAUAAUUUUUAAUUUAUAAUGUAUCUUAGUUCUUACACAAACAUAAUAUAUAACUUCAUAAUCAAUAAUAAUUGAUUAUAAAGUUCACUAGGUAGAAUCAACUAUUUUCUACAAUUAUUAUUAUUAUUAUUGUUAUUAUUUCUACAAAUAGAUAAUACAGAGUAUUCCAUAAAUAUAUAUCCAUUCCAUACCAUACCAAUAUCAAAUCAAAUUCGGUUUUUUUUUAAAAUUAUUACUCAUAGGGACAAGAACUACAAAUAUUUAUAAUUAAAUUUGAAAAUUUAUGUUUUGGUAAAAAAAUAAAAUAAAAAAAUGUAUUAUUGUUUUCAACAAAAUUGAAGAUAUCCAUAUACUUGUGGACAUUUUAACUUUUUGUUUUUAUUAACUACGUGAUUUUAUAAUUUUUUAAAGUUCAGAGAAAAAAGGAUUCAUUAUUAUAGGAUUACCCAUAAUAAUAAAAGUCAUCUAACAAAUGUGAUUAUACCCUAAUUAGGAAAUUAAAAUAAUAAUUAAUAGAACAUAAAUUAUAUUAAAAAUUAUAAAAAAUCAAGAAUUUAAUAUAAACGAAAAUUUGAAAUAUCCAAAUUUUCAGAAAAAUAAACUAUAUAAAAUGGCUAUCUACAAAUUUUUCAAAAAUAAUGAAAUAAAUAAAUAUUUUUUAAUCACAACAUAAAAAUUUAAUUUGAAUAUAAAUAUUUAUAGUCCUUAUCCCUGUAAGUAAUAUUAAAAAAAUAAAAAAAACAGAAUUUGAUCAUCUUUAAUAUCACAGGAUAUAUUGCAAUAUGUACAUCUUUAUGGGACACUCUGUAUACUACAUUAUUGCUAUAAAAAUGCACCAACUUUAAAUUGGAUAUUUUUAUUAAUAAGUCUAAUCUUCAACUAUCUCAUAAUAAAACAAUAUCGCAAAAGAGUAUGUUCAAAAAAAUGAUUACUAACUAGGUACUUAAAUUUUAGUUAAUAAACUGAUAUACAAUGAUAAUACUGAUAAUAAAAUGAUUGUUGAAAAUAUAAUAUACUUAUUAUUUUGUAUAAAUUGUAAAUCUACUAAUUAACUAAUCACUUGCAUUCAUAUAAUAUAACAAUUAAAAGUAUAAUUUUAUGAAAAAUUAAAAAACACAUAUAGGUAAAAUUAGUUGUAAGAUAAUUAUUUAUGAUAGAUAUAAAUAAUAUAUUACCAUUGAUAUUUCUAAAAUAGAAAACUAACAUUUUGACUUUUAAGUACUUUUAAUUAAAAUUUUUCUUUUAAAUUAAAAACAUUUAAAUUUCUUAAAUAUAUUAUUGUUUCUUUUUUUUGAAAAGCUCAAUGAUUAGGUGUUUAUUUUACAUCUGAGUUAUCAAUAUUUGUGUAUAAUAAUUUGCAAUAAAACAUAUAUAAAUAAGAAAUUUUUGUAAUCUUUUUUAAGAUGUGCAUAUGAUCAAUUAUACAAUUUAAAAUCAUAAACAAAUCUCAAACACGUUGACAUAUAUUAACUCAUUUUUAUAAAAUUAUUUAAUGAUUAAUUAAAAUUAUAUGCUUGAAUUUACCAAUCAUUAUAUUUGAAUAUCUUUUAUUCAUGUUUACAAUAUUUAAAAUGUUGACUUAAAAUGGACUUAAAAUUUUGUUUUUUGAAAUAGACCAGUUUUUUACGACAGCUUAGUGCUCUUUUUUUUUUUUUUUUUUUUUAUAUUAAUAGAAUUUUUAUUCAGGAUAUCCUCAUGAUAACUUAGAUUAUGUUUUCAGAUUCUUAAUGGUUCUUAGUUUAUAUUUAUGGUUUAACAUUUUAUAAAACAAAAUAAAAAAUGAAUUUAAUAUUGGUAGUAAAGAUUGUUUUUUACAAAAAAAUUUGCAUAAAGAUUAAGUUCUUAAAAAAAAUAGACAUUUAGCUAGAAUUAUAAAGUUGUUUAGUUUUCCUGAGGUAACAUAUUAAUCUAUAAUAGGCAACCUAAAUUAAGAAAAAUAUAUUUCAGUAGUUUAAAGAGAGUAUUUCAUUUUAAAUUUAUUUACUGAUUCCCUAUAUAUUAAUUGUAAAUAGUAUAAUUUGUAUUAAUUACUUUAUUAUUAUUUGUAAUGAUAUCAUGUAUUAUAAUGUAUAUUUGAUUUUCAGAAUAUAUGGUACCUAAUAAUGGUUGAAAAGAUGAGUACUUCAGCUAAAGGUAUUUUGAAUAAUGUACUGUUAUUUUCAAAUCAAACAAAGAGAAUAUUUGGAUGGAAAAAACCAGAUGAAGAAGAACUGUGGGAUGAAAAGGCUAUAAAAACACUAAAGAAAAAAUUAAAAAAAAAUAAAGGGGCAUUUGAAGAACUACAAAAUGCUUUAAAUUCACCUGGAGAACCAAGUAAUUGUGUAACUAUACCAAACAAUCAGGAUGGCCGAUUACAAGUAACAUCAAAUUAAUAUGAGUAAAAUUGCCAUUGGUUAUUAUUUUAUUAAUGAGUUUGUGUUUUUAGGUAUCUUACAGAAAAUCUAUGCCCCAUGUUAUAUAUUGUAGAGUCUGGCGAUGGCCAGAUCUUCAGUCACAUCAUGAACUUAAAUCAGUUGAUGGAUGUAAAUUUCCAUUCUCAUCUAAACAAAAAGAAGUUUGCAUUAAUCCUUAUCAUUAUCGAAGAGUAGAAACUCCUGGUGAGAUAAACUGGUAGUAGAGUUUUACACAUAGUUAACAUAUUAUUGUUAUAAAUUGGUCUUUUGUGUUUAAGAUGGGCAUAUUAAUAAUAGUAUAUUUUUUAUAUAUUUUAUGUUAAUAUUAUGAGCAAAGCCUUGUGACUGGACAAUAGUAGGAUUGCCCAAGCAUUUUAAGUUGUGCCCAUCUCCAUUGAGCAAAGUCUGAAGUACUUUUUCUUGUUUUAUCCAGUGUGAAGUUGGGCAAAUUGAACCAAAAUCUUCCCCUGUUAUAAAUAUUAUAAUUAUUAUUUCUAUGUCAGUUUAUUUUUUAGUUAUAUUAAAUUUGUAUAUGUUAUAUAUAUAGUUUUACCACCAGUCCUGGUUCCUCGUCAACUUGAAAUAGAACCAUCACCAACAAUGCAACAAUUUGUUCAACCUCCAAUGGCUUGUGUUAAUAUGCCAAACAAUGUAUUAUUAUCUCCAUCAAUGUCUUCAAUAGGUAUUUAUAAUAUAAUAUCCUUUACUGUAUAAACUACACUACAAUCAGUAUGCUGAUAAUAAUAUAUUUGGAUAUAAACUAUAAACAUUUCAGUAAAUCCAAUAUUUCCUUUGUCAGAUGAUCCAAUGAGAGUUAGAAGUAUGGAAGUAGAUAUCAACAUAGGAAAUACAAACAGCAUCCCAGUAAUAUAUCAAGUAAUUUAUUUUUAAAUAUGAUUUUAGUGUUUUUUUAAAUUCAACAUAGGAAGAAAUUAAUUUAUUGGUUUUACUAUGAUGUGUGUUUUUUAUUUUAUUUUUUCUUUCUAACAGAAAACUUGCUCCAAAGUAUAGAGUGCUGGCACUGUUACACUUUUUCUGAAAGGUAAUUUUCUCUAGUUGGUGCAUUGAGGAGAUUAUUUUUUGAUUUUAAAAGUAGUUUUUCUUAAUAAUUUGGAAAAACCAAAAAACAAACCGAAAUAUACUAUUUUGUUUUUAAAUUACAGAACAAUAAUUUCAUUGCCUAUUUUAAAUUUAUACAGCUUGUUUUUUACCAUAAAUAUUGCUACAAGGGACUAUUUUUGUUGAAUUUUUAAUCUAGAUCAUGAGUAAGUUAUUCGGUUUUUGAUUUUCUUUAUAAUUUGUUUUAAUAAUUAACCAAAACCGAAAAAAUACAUAGAAAUUAUGAGAACAUUUAAGAAAAUAAUUCUUCUAUUAUUUUAAAUUUUGUUUUUCAUUAUAAUUUAGAUUAAAAUAUUUGUAGAGACUUACUUUUUCUAGACGUGGUAAAACUUUCAGAACAUUUGAGUCAUUUUUUAAUUAUUUAUAGACAUUUUAAUUUUGAGAGUUUUUCUAUGUGAUUUUUAUUUGAUAGAUACUGUGCAGAUAAAUUGUUAGACUUAAUAGAAAUGCUUGAAAAUUUGAUAGGAAGUUCAUUAUAAGUCUUACUUAGUGGUCAAAAAAAAUAAUUUAGUUUAAUGUAGUAUUUUUCUAAGAGUUUUAAAGAUAUGUUUUAUUGAACUUUACUCCAAAUCCUUUUUCGUUAUCAAUGGUUUAUCCUUGGUUACAAAUAUAAUUUAAAUAACUUUGUAUAUUCUACCUUCCUACUACCCACCUACAACAGUGUCCACACUCGUCCCCAGUAUCACCCUUAUUCAAAUAUUAUAAUUAACUAAAUAAUCUAAAUAUGUUUUUUAAUUGGUUUGGUGAAACAUAAAUACUUUUUUAUCAAUAGUCUAGAAAAUAAUGAUGUGCUAUUUCAUAUACAUAAAUGUAUAUUUCCUAUAGUUAAUUUAUUUUUCAGGAACCACCUAGUUGGGCUAGUAUUGUUUAUUAUGAACUAAACUGUAGAGUUGGUGAAGUAUUUCAGUGUCGCUCCAAUCAAGUGAUUAUUGAUGGUUUUACUAAUCCUGGUAAUGAUUUAGAUCGAUUUAGUCUUGGCCAGUUAACUAAUUUAAAUCGUAACACAACCAUUGAACAUACACGGCUACAUAUUAGCAAAGGUACAGUAAAAAAUUUAACAACAUAAAACUAGUUGAAAUAAAUCAAUUUUAUUUUAUUUUUUUUAGGUAUUCAACUAAAUUAUAAUGGCAGUGCAGUUUUUGUUGAAUGUUUAUCAAAAUAUUCUAUAUUUGUUCAAUCAUACAACUGUAAUAUAAGCCAUGGUUUUCAACCAUCCACUGUUUGUAAAAUAUCACCAAAUUUUUCAUUGUGUAUAUUUAACUAUCAAGAUUUUGCUAAUACACUGAUACAAACAGUGAACAAUGGGUUCGAGGCUGUUUUUGAGUUGACCAAAAUGUGUGCUAUACGUAUAUCAUUUGUGAAGGGAUGGGGAGCGGAUUAUCAUCGCCAGGAUGUUACCAGUACUCCAUGUUGGAUUGAGAUACAUUUAAAUGGACCUCUACAAUGGCUCGAUCAAGUAUUGACGCAAAUGGACAAACCACGCAAUGCCAUAACAUCACAUUCUUAA